AUGAAUCGAUCACCGAUCUCGUCGGAAUCUGCAUUGUUAGCUUCAGCGAAUUCGUUGUCGGAGGAUGAAUUCGCGAAUGUGUUCGAUUCUGCUCUCAAUUUGAUCAGCGAGAGGUUCAAUUCGAGCAUUCCUUUUCUCUGGAAGAUCAAUCGCACCCUAGGUUUGGGGAAUUCGUUGAAAUUCGGAAUUUCGCAUAAUAGGGAGAGAUUGGGUGCUCGGCGUAUUUCUUAUUCGUCUCUCUCGAGCGCGCAUUCAUAUAGUGCCGCUCUUCUCAGGGAGAAAAUCGACGAGGAGAAAGAGUAUAGAGAAUCGGCUGAGGCUUUCGAUGAGAAGAAGAAGGAAAAGGCGCAACUCCUUGCGAAAUUAGCAGAGUUGGCGAGUGAAAGCGAGAAGCUGAGAUCGAGUAAACUAGAAGAACUCUGCAAGAACAUAUAG